AUGUCAGACUCCAAUUAUACUCUAUACACAUACUUCCGCUCCUCAUGCGCAGCCCGUCUCCGGAUUGCCAUGAACGCCAAGGGAAUCUCAUACGACUUGACACCCGUCAAUCUUCUCAAGAACGACCAUCUUUCAGAUGAGCACAAAGCUCUCAAUCCCUCAGGAUCAGUUCCCGUUCUCAUCCCACCCACUUCCAACUCCAAGCCCUUCCUCAUUCGCCAAUCCGUAGCAGCUCUGGAAUAUCUCGAAGAAAAGCACCCUGAGCAUGCCCUUCUCCCGUCUGACCCGGAGGGCCGAGCAAUCGUACGAACGCUCGUCAACAUCAUCAGCGCAGAUGUCCAGCCUGUGACAAACCUUCGCAUCAUGCGUCGCGUACGAGAGCUAGGUGGUAACGCAGAAGAGUGGAACUGUCAGCUCAUGACGAAUGGACUGAGGGCUUAUGAGGAGGUUGCGAAAGAUACAGCUGGAAAGUGCUCUUUUGGCGAUGAGCUUACGAUGGCCGAUGCUUGUUUUAUGCCUGCUUGGUGGAAUGCGGAGAGGUUUGGUGUUGACUUGUCGGCUUUUCCGACACUCCAGAGAAUUGCGGAGAAUUUGAAGGAUCAUCCUGCUGUUGUAAAGGCGCAUUGGCAGAAUCAGCCUGAUACACCGGACAAUCUCAAGGCUUAG